CUAUCUAUCUAUCUAGCUAUCUAGCUAUCUAUCAUCUAUCUCAUUAGAAAUAGACCUAAAAGUCUUACAAAUAUUCCAUCCUUUUUCAUUGUUGACCAAGACAAUUAAAUGUAUGUACCUGGAAAUGAGUUGCCUUUCUGCCGUUGUUCCCCCUGUGCGAGCAUGGAAGAGAGCAAGCAAGCAGGAAGGAAGAUGCAUGGGGGCCAGACAGGCAAGUCAUUCUAUCAGUUAUAUUUUAUUUGCACAAUUGGAAUUAAUUUCAGGAGCCAAAGGUGCUUUUAUCUGUGCAGCUUGAGCAGGAGCAGUGAACAUUGUUAUGGUUCAUUAUUGUAGCUUGUCUUCACUUACCUCAGAGUUGUGAAGAAUAUCUCAACAUUAUGAAUGGUCUGUUUCACCAAUAAGAAAAAAAGAUUGGAAUAGGCCAAUAUAUUUGUGAAUUGUACUUGGAUAAAGGUGACUUUUCUUCUUUAAGUUCUCAAAUUUCUUAACCUAGCUCAAGGUAGUCAUCCGAACGAGCCAGAAAUUUAACUGAUAAUCAAUCACAGUCAGUCCAUCAUUUGAAAAAUAAGAAUUUAGAACCAUCUGAUGCUAAAAUGGGAACUGGACAUUACAUUUUGGCGACUAUAACCUUGGUUUAAGGAGCCAUUUGGUGCCUGGCUUAUAUACAUGAGUUUCUAACACUGGCCACUACAGGUUGUUCCACUAAGCCACCUAGCAGCUGCAUUUUGUACUAGCUGCAGCUACCAAACCAAGUGCAAGGGUCGUCUAAUUGUAAAGUUAUCUUGUCUGUGGUAAGGGGAACAGCAGAUUCUAGCAGCAGAACAGCCUUUAUACACAGCACAUCAUGAUUUGAUUAAUCACAUUCAAGUAUUCAAAACCCCUUUUUAACAGCCCCUAUGUUACCUCAGUGACCGCCUCACCACCCUGAAACUUUUGUCAGUUAUUAAAUAAAAAGCACGACAAAUCCUCAGGCUAUGACCAUUUACUUUGAUGUGCAAACUGCCAUGAUACUAGUCAGGGUUUUCCUGCUGCGAAAACCAGCAGGCAGGAGGGGAAAAAACAGUUAUCCUGAAGACUCAACAGCAGGAAUAGGAACAUUGGGACAUGCCUUAUACUGAGUCUGAUAAUUGAUCCAUCUAGCUCUGGAAUGUCCUAAGACUGGAAUCUGGGUGGUGGUGGUGCACAGACAUAAUUCCACUGCCUAUAACUUAAGCUUGAACCUUCAGAUUCCCACCAAGAGCAUAGCUAUGGUCCAUUAAGUAUUGUCUGAGGAAUUGGUCUGCUUUUGAAGACUGACUUGCUCAUGAGUUUCCUUUUACUCAUGCAAAGUCUUUAUUCACCAGGCGUGCAUUUCUGCAUCUGGUAGCCAACCAAGCCUGCAACUUUAGGCUCCUGUGGUCCAGAGAACUAGGUGAAUGCCUGAUGUUUGUCUCAGAUUCUGAGAGGAGGUUAUCCACAUAUUAGGAGGAAACGUGUACUGCUAUCUCCAUCAAUGACACAGGAUCCAAUUGAUGUGGCUUAAUGUUCCUUGACAUGGCUCGUCUCCCUAUAACAUUGUGUUUGGGGAGCUUAAAAUUAUCUCUGAAGAGGAUCACUCCAGUGAAAGCAAGAUAGUAACAACCCCCAAGGAGCCUCUCCUAAAUAGAGUUUAUAUAUCUUGUAUUAAUAUGAGGUUAGUGAUUUUGGUUAUCUUCCACUACCCUAACAUCUUGGUCUGAAAAUUGUCCACAGAACAUCCCGUUCUUCCUGUAACUGCCCUUUUUGCUAACCAUCUUCUAGGUUCUCCCCACCCUUUCCAUUCUCUCCCCAUUCCGACUUGUUCAUAACCAAGCUCCGCCCACAUUCCAAAGGGAAAUCUCCUGACGGUUGCUAUAGACAGAAUCCUUCUCCUCUAUCUAACAUGCAGCCUUCUUCCUAUCUUGCCUUGCACCCACAAGGAGCUUCCCUAUUGAGAAAGACAAGCAAGAGUGGAGUGGUCUAGUGAAUUAUUUCACUGAUCAAGGAAAAUGACUAGCAAUCUUGCCUGGCUACUGGUGCUGAUCUCAUGGAACGUGUUAUGUGAGAAUGCAGGUCAGAAACCACCACAGGGUUUUAGAUAUGCUUCUUAUGAAGUGAUCAUCCCAAGGAAACUGACUCCCCGAUAUGGAGAACAGGAAACUCAUGAUGUCACAUACCUGCUGCAGAUUGAGGGGAAGGGUCAUGUGGUGACACUCAGGAAAAAGAAGAGCGUUGUCCCUAAACACUUCACUGUCAUCACAUACAGUAAGGAUGGAGAGCUCCAGGUGGACUAUCCUUUCAUCAAAGAUGACUGCUUCUACCAUGGCUUUGUACAAGACAAGCCUUCCUCUAGGGUCACCCUCAGCACUUGCUCGGGGGGCCUCAGAGGUCUGCUUCACUUAGAAAAUUACACCUUUGAAAUUGAACCUGUUCAGGCACCUGGUACUUUUCAACAUGUGCUGUACAGAUUGGAGGGAAUCGAAGGUGCUGUUCGCAUGAGGUGUGGGUUAACAAAGGAAAAGCAAAGGAGCCAAGAGGCCAUGUUCCAAAACAAAAGGAAAGUAUUGACUGGAAGUGCUGCUAGAGGAGCCUGGUUGCCACACACCAGGUACCUAGAGGUUGCAAUCGUGAUAGAACAUGAACGAUAUGUCAGGUUUGACAGAAAUGAAAGUCGUGUUGCUAGGCAAGUUAUGGAUAUCAUCCAUACUGCAAACUCAAUGUAUGAGCCACUGUCUCUUGAGCUGUCUAUAGCUGGCUUGGAGAUAUGGACAGAAAAAAACCUCAUAGAAAUUGUUAACAGCAUAGAUGACACUCAUAAUAUGUUCACCCACUUUUUAAAAAGUUCACUAAGUAAACGUAUACAACUUGAUGCUGCUCACUUAUUUAUAUAUAAGAGUUAUGGAAGUACACUUGGAUUAGCGUACAUAGGAACAGUUUGUAGCCCCCAUUGGGCAUCUGGUGUUGAAUCAUAUGUGACUCCCAGUUUGUUCCUUAUUUCUCACACAUUUUCCCAUGAAUUAGGACACAAUCUUGGAAUGCAACAUGAUGAUAAAUACUGUACUUGUAAUCGAAGUGCUUGCAUAAUGGCUGCAUAUCAAACAAUCUCUGAUAAGUUUAGCAACUGUAGUUAUAAAGAAUAUUUCAACAGAAGAAACACAAAGUGUUUGCUAAUUCCACCAGACUCCACUAAAAUAUACAAAUUUGCAUACUGUGGAAAUCAACUAGUGGAAGGUGGAGAGCAAUGUGAUUGUGGUUCACCUGAUCAAUGCAAGUUGGAUCCAUGCUGCCAGUCUAAUUGCAUGUUGAGUCCAAGUGCUGCUUGUGCUUUUGGAGAGUGCUGUGUUGAGUGUCAGUAUCUUCCAGUUCAUAAGGUUUGCAGAGAACAGGUCAGCAGCUGUGAUCUCCCCGAGUACUGCAACGGGACUUCAGAAUGGUGUCCUGAAGAUGUUUAUGUACAAGAUGGUGCCCCGUGUAGUGAUGGUGCAUAUUGCUAUCAUGGGAAUUGCACAACUCACACUAGGCAGUGCAGAAUGAUCUUUGGCAACAAAGCAACCAGUGCAUCAAAGGAUUGCUUCAGUGAAAUGAAUGCUCGAGGUGAUCGCUUUGGCAACUGUGGGCUUAGACAUGACACUUAUAAGAAAUGUGAUACUCAGAACAUCUUGUGCGGCCGAAUCCAGUGUGAAAAUGUUGAUACAGUACCUUCUUUGGAGGAACACAGCACCAUAAUUAAUACGCCUCUUGGCAAUAGGCAUUGCUGGAGUACAGAUUACCAUGCUGGAAUAGACAUACCUGAUAUUGGAGCAGUGAGAGAUGGGACUCCUUGUGGCACAGAAAUGAUGUGUAUUAAUAGGGAGUGCAAGAACGUGUCUCUCUUGAAAUAUGAUUGCAAUGUCACAAAGUGUCAUAAUCGAGGAAUAUGCAACACCUACAAACAUUGUCAUUGUGAUGAUGGCUGGGCCCCUCCAGACUGUCUGAACCAAGGUAAUGGUGGCAGCAUUGACAGUGGACCUCCUCCACCAAGGAACACUUCAAAACGUAACGUCAACAUGACAGGAAUUAUAGCAGCAAUUGUAUUUCUUGUUUCUACUUUUUUUGCUGUUUUGGGGCUGGGUAUUUAUUUCAGGAAGCGUCUGAGAGAGCGGUUUGUAAAAAAACCAGAAAAAACAUAUGAAGAAGGUAUAAAAGAGGAAGAAAAUCCUGUCCCAACUGAAUCAGAGAAUUGAACAAUACACUGAAUGUGUCAAAUAGAUGUGCAGGAAAUAAUGGACAGGAUUAUGCAGUGAUACAUUUAAGUUUCUAAAGUUUUUAAAGCCCUUCUUCAUUUGUCUACUAGGCACAAUAGGACAGAACUCUGCAAUGUGUUGAUGUUGUCUGCAGUCUCUAACUCUCAGAAGUAUCUCCCUUAAGCCCACCUGGGAAAAGAAUGUGGAGGAAUGCUAAAUACUUUCAGCAAAAGCCAGGCUCUGAAUAAAAUCCCAUUCUCACAGAAACCAACACAACCACUGAUGUCAUUUGAGUAACUGAGGUGAUAUCCUAAAAUAUGCCUGCUGUAGAGCAGUAAAAAGGCAACAAAACACUUUAACAGCUGAGCAUCACAACGUUACGUAAUCCUAGUGAUUCCAUGUCUUCAUAUCAAAGCAACUGAAGAAUGCAGAGAACCGUGGAAACAAAAUGUUAAAAUGACAAAAUGUUGAUUUGUUUAUCUAAUUUAUUCUUCAUACUUUAAAGAAGGUAAUCCAAAGUGAUUUAUAAUAUAAAACAAACCCAUACUGUACAUUGAAACCAGCAGAAAAUAAAAUAAAAACCAAAGAUAAAUGUAAAAUAAAACCCCAUUUCUAAAAGGCGGGAUUAAAACAUUCCAACCACUGGAGAUAACUAAAAAACAGAUAACUAAAAACAAAGGUCUAGCAAAAGAGGGGGGAGUUUUUGCUUAGUGCCUAAAGCUAUUUCUUCAUGAUGCCAGGUGAGCCUCCUCAGGGGGAGCAUUCCAUAAGUAGGGAGCCAUCACUGGAAAGCCCUCUUCUUGUGUUGCCACCCCUCAGAACUCCUGAGGAGGAGGCACAAGAAGAAAGGCCUCAGAUUAUUAUUGUAGGGUCUAUGGUGGUUUAUACGGGGAGAGGUGUUUCUUCAGGUAUUUGGGUACUGAGCCACAAGAGGCUUUGUAGGUCAAAACCAGCACUUUGAAUUGGGCCCAGAAACUGAUUGGCAACCAGUGUGGUUGGGCCAGGAUUGGUGUUAUGUGCUCAGACUGUCUUGCCUCCGUGAGCAACCUGGCUACUGAAUUCUGUACCAACUUCUGAAUUGCCUUCAAAGACAGCCCCAUGUAUAACACAUUGAGUAAUCUAACCCAGAGGUCAUCAGAGUAUGGCUGGCCACCAGCCAAAGCAGAUGGAAGGCACUUCAUGCUACCAAGGCCACUUGAGCCUCAAGUGACAGCAAAGCGAAGUUUCCAGAAGUAUCCCCAAGCUAUGUAACUACUUCAGAGGGAGUGUAAUCUCAUCAAGAGCAGGCCAUUUCCCAUCCAUCCAGUCUAGGGAACCAUUCACUUCAAUUUAAUCUGAACUGAGCUUCAGUUUAUUGGCUCCCAUCCAGUCUAUUACUGAGUCAAGACAUCAGUCAUGCACAUCCACUGCUACACUUGUAGAUGUUAAGAAAUCCAGAUGUGCCAUCAACAUAUUGCUGUCAACGUACUGCAAGACUCUGGAUGACUCCACCCAGCAGUUUCCUGUAGAUUAACAUGUUUAACAGCAUGGGGGACAUGCUUGAUCCCUAAGGAGCCCUGCAUUGAAGACUUCAUGAAGCUGAAAAGCACUCCCCAAGCAUCAUCCUGUGGAAAUGAGUAUCCAAGUAGGACCAGAACCACUGCAAAGCAGUGCUGCCCACCCUCACACUGGGAUAACUGCUCCAGAAGGAUACCAUGGUGAAUGGUAUUGAAGGCCGCUGAGAGAUCAAUAGGAUUAACAGGGAAUUAACACAUUCUCCAAUCCCUCUCCUGACUGAGGUCAUCAUACAGCACAACAAAAGCAGUUUCCAUGGCCAAACAGACCUAAACCUUGAUUAAAAUGGAUGCAGAAAAUUGGUUUCAUCCAAGAGAGCCUGGCUCUGGCUCACAACCAGUCGCUCAAA